AUGGCACCAGAAACCGGCGACGGCGAGGCCAACAAUGUCAGCAAGAAUGCUAUCGAAUUCAGUCAAGUAGAAGACCUUGCCAAGUCCCCGUCUCAAGAGAAAAUCGAACAACAACAUGAAAUCACCCCGAAGGAGAUACAAGGUCGCUUCGAUCUCCUACGAGACUUGAGCGACGCAGAGAUGGAAAAGCUCAACAAAAGUGUUGUGCGGAAGAUCGAUUUCAGGAUGAUGCCUACGAUUACGUUGAUGUUUCUCAUGAGGCAACGUCUCACUAGCUACCUUGAUCGAAUCAACGUAUCCAACGCAAGAAUCAGUGGCAUGCAAGAGGAUUUGCACAUGUCAGACACCAUGUGGAAUCUGGGAAUUUCCACAUUCUACAUUGGCUACCUUAUCGGACAACUUCCAGGCAAUUUGUGGUUGGCUAAGGCAAACCCGAGAUGGUUUCUUCCCUCGACAAUGGUUGCCUGGGGUGCGGCUACAAUCUGUACACCUGCGUUGAAAAAUGGUGCCGGUUUUGCUGCUCUGCGGUUCGUUACUGGUCUAGCUGAAGCACCUUUCUUUCCCGGCAUUACUCUUAUGACGUCCUCUUGGUACAACAAACAUGAAAGCCCAAGUCGAAUGGCCAUCUGGCAUGCCGGAAACACCGUUUCCAACAUCAUCUCCGGUUUCCUCGCUGCAGGGAUUCUAACAACAAUGGGUGGCGUUGCCGGGCUGUAUUCCUGGCAAUGGUUUUUCUUGAUUGAGGGCAUUGCCACCUUCUUGGUUGCUUUCUCUGCCUACGCCCUUCUUCCAGACUGGCCUCACAACACGCGAUUCCUCACUCCGCCGGAGAGAGAGAUGGCGCAGUAUCGCAUCCUGUGCUCCAACGGUGGAGUCGAAGAGGUUGACGGCGGAACAUGGGAUGGUCUCAGUCAGGCUGUCAAGGAUCCCUUCACCUGGAUCUUCUGCUUGAUGCACUUUGCACUCGUUACGGCCCAAUCUUUUAAGGACUUCCUGCCUUCAAUCGUGAAAACCUUUAACUUUAGCCAACUCAUGACCUACCUCAUUCAGGCACCCCCAUAUGCGUUUGCCUACGCGUUUGCCUGCCUUGUUGCUUGGUCUUCGGGUCGCCGCCAAGAGUCAUUCUGGCACGUCGUCUUGCCCACGGUCGGCAGUGCCAUCGGUUGCGCGGUGCUGAUCUCAACAGCAAAUGUAGGAGCUCGAUACUUUGCCCUCUUCCUACUCAUUUCCGGCACAUAUAGCGGCCUGAACCUCCAGCUAUCCUGGGAGACAACUGUGGUUCCAGCCCCUCGGAGUAAAAAGGCCGCUCUAAUCGCAAUCGCCAACUGUCUCAGUCAGGUCAGCCAUUGGUUUAGCCCUUACUUCUGGCCGCGUGCGCACGAGCCUUUCUACAGACUCGGUGGUGGUCUGAUCCUGGUUGGCUGCUUAUUGGUUGUUGUGUCGGCCUCGCUUGCUAGAUGGCGUGCGAUCAAAUUGAACAAGAAGUUGGACGAAGCGGAGGGAUACUCUGAGCACUCGGGUGUUGAGAGGGGUUGGAGACAUGCGUAUUGA